GUUUGACUAUAGGGAGGAAAAUGGUGGCAAGGAAAGACAGACGGCUUCAGUAGACAGAGGAAUACCGACAGUUUUAUCUCUGCCUCCAGACUCACUUUGUGUGGAUCUUACCGUGGCAGAAUAAAAGCAGCAGUGAUGGCUGAUGCAGAAAAGAUCAAGAAAACUGCAGCCAAAGUGCUGUGUUGCGUGGAGAAGGUUUCCUCUUUCGCCUCUUCCAUCGACCCCAUCUUUGGGAUCGUCUCCUCCCUGGUUGGGGUGGCUCGCAAGGGUCUGAUCAAGGAGGAGGGCCACGCUCUAGACAAGGACUUCCAGCAGCUCCACACCAAACUGCAGAGCAUCUCUGAGAAGAACCAUCAAUGCCUGAUGAAGAUCCACAUCGACGAGGUGAACGAAACCUACGGCAAGUACGAGGAGUACAUUAAGCACCAGUACACUGCCUUCAACAACAUGGUGGCACAGGUGAAGAAAGAUCCAGACAACACUAAGCGCCACAUGGAGAAAUUUGAGAAGAUUUAUGAGAGAGACAAAAGUGACAUGAGCCUGGAUAUAUACUACCGCGGUGUGAUGGGCACCAAGUUGCUGUUUGGGAGACCCCUGCUGAAGGUGUACCUGGACAACUGCGACGGCAACCGUGAGAUCAUGGAGCGCCACUGUUCACACAUCACCCACCUGUUCCACAUGGGCCUCAUUGCCCUCAUGGCCUACACAGCUGUGACAGAGGACGACGAAGACGAGGUGCGGGAGAAGUGGGCCGAGAGGGUGGCAGACAUCCAGCAGAAGAUGCAAGAGAUUCUCAGUCAGUGCAAGGACAACUCGUCCUGAACAUGGACCAGCAGAGAGGGGACGACGCCAGGAACAAUAUGAUCUCUCAGCUGUGGACCAAUGAAAAAAGACAAAAUAUGUAAUAAUAUAUAUCCAAAUAAAACCAAAGCCAUGCUUUCUCAAGUGCACUAGAGCUGCACCUGAUGUUAUUAUUGCAGCAUUUUAGUUAAUGUAUCGAAAUUGUAUGUUAAUUUUUGUUUCAAAGAGACCACUAUAUGUUUCAGUUGCUCUGUUACAUGCCAAUAUGCUGAAGUUUUACACAAUCUCUUCAAUUAAAAUGUACAUAUUAGUCGAUAAAGUUGUAUAUUUGUGAAAUCCAUUUCAUCCACACUGAAACCUCAUGUUGUACUAGUUGGUAAAAUUUGUAGGGCAUAGCUCUAACUUCAAAAUGGAUUAAAAAACACACACACAAACAUACACAAACCCCCUUCUUCUAGAAAAAAAACAACAACGCUCUUAAUACUUCUGUUGACCCUACAUGGAAAAGAUUUUAAGAUACCAGUUAAAACAAUAAACUUGAACUCAUAAAACAUGUUAUCAAA